AUGGCGACACAGAGACUCGGUUCCAUCUUCUCGCACCUCUCCUCCUCAAAGACCGGUGUGGCUGCUAUCACCCAGAAGAACCCCGAUGACAUUGUCAUCACCCUCGCCAUCCGGACACCCCUCGCAAAGGGCAAGAAGGGCGGCUUCAAGGACACCGACCUCGACUACAUUGUCUGGGCGCUGCUGAAGGAAGUCGUUGCGAAGAGCAAAAUCGACCCUGCCAUUGUCGAGGAUAUCUGCUUGGGAAAUGUCGGCGACCCGCGCGCUGCAUACAAGGUCCGUGCUGCCAUGUUGGCCGCAGGAUUCCCCCAUACCGCCGCCGCCUCGAGCGUCAACCGGUUCUGCUCCUCGGGCCUCAAGGCUGUGCAGGACAUCGCCAACCAGAUCUCCAAUGGGUCGAUCGACAUCGGCAUCGCCAUGGGCGGUGAGUCCAUGAGCAACGCCGCUGGCAAGGACACCCCCUUCUCCCCCGAGAUCAUGGCGAACCAGGAAGCCGCCGACUGCACACAGCCCAUGAUCCAGACGUCGGAAAACGUCGGCAACGACUUCAACAUCUCGCGCAGAAUGCAGGACGAGUACGCCUGCGAGAGUUUCCGGAGGGCCGAGGUCGCCCAGAAGGCCGGCUGGUUCGAGGAUGAGAUCGUGCCCAUCACGACAAAGGUCAAGGAUCCCAAGACGGGAGAGGUCCAUGAGAUCACCUUGACCAAGGACGAAGGUCCCAGAUACGGCACCACGCUCGACAGUCUGUUGAAGAUUCGUCCCGCCAUGCCGCAAUUCGGCGACAAGACCUCCGGUGGAAAUGCCAGUCAGGUCACGGAUGGAGCUGCCGCCAUCCUCCUCAUGAAACGCUCCAAAGCUCUCGAACUCGGUCAACCCAUUAUGGCCAAAUUCUGCGGCGCCACCGUCGCUGGCGUUCCCCCACGGAUCAUGGGUAUCGGACCCACGGCCGCUAUCCCCAAACUGCUCAGCAAAUUCCACCUGACAAAGGACGACAUUGACAUCUUCGAGAUCAACGAGGCAUUUGCCUCGAUGGCCGUCUACUGUCUCAACACACUCGGCCUCGAGCACGAGAAGAUGAAUCCCCGUGGUGGCGCCAUUGCCCUGGGUCACCCCUUGGGCGCCACGGGAGCGCGACAGAUCUGCACGAUAUUGAGCGAGGCCAGACGGACCAAGAAGAAGAUCCUCGUCACCAGCAUGUGUAUCGGCACGGGACAGGGUAUGGCAGGUCUGUUUGUGAAUGAGCAGUUGUAG